CACUGUAUUCAUACAAUAUUGCUUGUGAAUUUAUAUGAUUAUAUAAGGUAGAUAAAAAGGCAAUGGAACACCACAGUUUGUGAGGGAAAAUGUGUGAUUGUAAUUAAAUCAGAUAUUGAAAGCUGAGAUGUUUUGCAGUCCCCCUCCAAGAUAUUUCAGCCACCAGAUUUUGAGGUCAGACAAUUAACUUCUGGAACCUUCUUCUGAGUCAGCACACACAAUUCUUACUUUUUCUCACACUAAAAACUCAACAUAUUAAACCAAAUUUGCCAGAAUGCAUACAACACAAACCCUGCUUCCUCAGUACUGCAUGCUUCUUGCUGAAAUUUUCUGGGAAUUGUAGUAAUAAUACAUGGAGUUAGUGCGUUCCAACGGAGAAUCUUGUUAUUAUUCUGUGCUUGGAAUCUGUAAACAAGCUUCAGAUGCUCAAAUCCGAGGGGCUUACAGGAAACUUGCUCUGAAAUGGCACCCAGAUAGAUGUGUGAAAGACCCUGCAAUUGUUGGACAAGCAAAACAUAAAUUUCUGCAAAUUCAAGAAGCUUAUUCUGUUCUGUCUGACAAAGGGAAGAGAUCAGUCUAUGAUGCUGGGUUACUUGACCUGUUGGCAGAUAACAGUGAUGAUAAAGAAUUUUGUGGGUUCAUGCAAGAAAUGGUGGCCAUGAUGGAAAAGGAGAAGUCUCAGGCUGCAAGUAGUUUGGAGGAUCUACAGAACAUGUUGCAGGAGAUGAUGGAAGGGGCUGAAAGAUUCAAUCAAGAAAGCCAGGAAACAGCAGAAAGAACACAUUUUAUACUGUCAUGAUGCUUCAAUUCAUCUGAGAUUCCAGUUGGAUUUUUAUGCAGUUUUUGCCUAUAAAUAUUGCAUAAUUGUAAUAAUAUAUAAUAUGGCAGUAUUCACUAAAA